GUCACUUCCUGCCGGGCUGCGGGCGCCGGAGCGGCUCUUCAGCGUUUGCGCCCGCGGUGGCCGCGUCAGAUUCGGCUCCCCCUUCCUCCGGACUCCCCCCCGGCCCGGCGGCGCCCGCCUCCUCCGCGGCCACUCCGCCUCUUCCCUCCCGCCGUCCCUUCCUCCUCUCCCUCCUUCCUUCCUUCCUUCUCCCCCUCCUUGUCGCUCGCCGCCCAGGACCGCCGUUCGGGGGACAAGCUCCAGGCAGCAGCCAGGGAUUUUCUAACCACAUAAUCUCUCAGACAUAAACCACAACAACAUUGUUCCUGGAACACCUCUCUUUUUAAGGUAGAACUUUAGACUUCAUAGCACUGAAUUAACCUGCACUGAAAGCUGUUUACCUGCAGUUGUUCACUUUUGUUGAAAGUGACCAUGUCUCAAGUUCAAGUGCAAGUUCAGAACCCAUCUGCUGCUCUCUCAGGGAGCCAAAUACUGAACAAGAACCAGUCUCUUCUCUCACAGCCUUUGAUGAGUAUUCCUUCUACUACUAGCUCUCUGCCCUCUGAAAAUGCAGGUAGACCUAUUCAAAACUCUGCUUUACCCUCUGCAUCUAUUACACCCAUCAUUGCAGCUGCAGUUCCUUCUAGCAUGGCACACCCCAAAGAGAAAACCCCAAUGUGUCUUGUGAAUGAGUUAGCCCGUUUCAACAAGAUUCAGCCUGAGUAUAAGCUUUUGCGUGAGCAAGGUCCAGCUCACUGUAAGGUGUUUACAGUACAGCUAACACUUGGAGAUCAGCGCUGGGAAGCUGAAGGAACUAGUAUUAAAAAAGCCCAACACACAGCUGCUGCCAAAGCUUUGGAAGGAACAAAAUUUCCUAAACCCAUAGUCCGCCCUUUUCAUAGCGAAGGAAGGAAUCCAGACAGCAUAACCCCUACUGUAGAGCUAAAUGCACUGUGCAUGAAACUUGGAAAAAAACCAAUGUAUAAGCCUGUUGACCCAUAUUCUCGGAUGCAAUCCACCUAUAACUACAACAUGAGAGGAGGUGCUUAUCCCCCCAGGUACUUUUACCCAUUUCCAGUACCACCCUUACUUUAUCAAGUCGAACUCUCUGUGGGAGGACAGCAGUUUAAUGGGAAAGGAAAGACAAGACAAGCUGCAAAACACGAUGCUGCUGCCAAAGCUUUGAGAAUCCUGCAGAAUGAGCCCCCGCCCGAGAGGCUGGAGGUGAAUGGAAGAGAAUCAGAGGAAGAAAAUCUCAAUAAAUCUGAAAUAAGUCAAGUGUUUGAGAUUGCACUUAAACGGAACUUGCCUGUGAAUUUUGAGUCUUUCCCUCUAAAACAGGUCGCCCGGGAGACUGGCCCACCCCACAUGAAGAGCUUUGUGACCAAGGUGUCCGUUGGGGAGUUUGUGAGGGAAGGCGAAGGGAAGAGCAAGAAGAUUUCAAAGAAAAACGCUGCUAUAGCUAUUCUUGAGGAGUUGAAGAAGUUACCACCUCUGCCUGUAGUUGAACAACGGGUGAAGCCCCGAAUCAAAAAGAAAACAAAGCCAAUAGUCAGGGUACAAAGCGGCCCAGAACAUGGCCAGGUGAUGAACCCUAUUAGCAGACUGGCCCAGAUCCAACAGGCGAAAAAGGAGAAGGAGCCGGAGUACAUGCUUCUCACAGAGCGAGGCCUCCCGCGCCGCAGGGAGUUUGUGAUGCAGGUGAAGGUUGGAAAUCACACGGCAGAGGGAACAGGCACCAAUAAGAAGGUGGCAAAACGCAACGCAGCUGAGAACAUGCUGGAGAUUCUUGGUUUCAAAGUCCCUCAGGCUCAGCCCACCAAACCAGCCCUCAAAUCAGAAGAGAAGACACCCGUAAAGAAACCAGGGGAUGGAAGAAAAGUAACCUUUUUUGAGCCUGCCUCUGGGGAUGAAAAUGGGACUAGCAAUAAAGAGGACGAAUUUAGGAUGCCUUACCUUAGUCAUCAGCAGCUGCCCGCUGGAAUUCUUCCUAUGGUGCCUGAGGUGGCCCAGGCCGUAGGAGUCAGUCAAGGACAUCACACCAAAGAUUUUCCCCGGGCAGCUCCGAAUCCUGCCAAGGCCACAGUAACUGCCAUGAUAGCCCGUGAAUUGUUGUAUGGGGGCACCUCGCCCACAGCUGAGACCAUUUUAAAGAAUAAUAUUUCUUCAGGCCACGUACCCCAUGGACCUCUCACAAGACCCUCUGAGCAGUUGGAUUAUCUUUCCAGAGUCCAGGGAUUCCAGGUUGAAUACAAAGACUUCCCCAAAAACAACAAGAACGAGUUUGUAUCUCUUAUCAAUUGCUCCUCUCAGCCACCUCUGAUCAGCCACGGUAUCGGAAAGGAUUUGGAGUCCUGCCAUGACAUGGUGUGGGAGGUGCUGAACCCCUUCUGGCCAUGAACCAUUGUAAAAUCCCCAACAUAUACUGAAAAUACUGAAAUUGCUUUGAAAAUUUGGAAUUUCUGAUACCUCCAGUGGGCCGAGAGACAUGAUGGGUAAAGAGCUGGAGACAGCAGUGGUGACGAAGGCGGCAACGCAAGGAGGUGCCAUGGCUGUGUUCAUGUGUGCUGUGGUUUGUCCUCACACAGCAGCAGCUGCUGCAGGGGAGGGAAGAUGGGCCCUGCCAAGCAGCCCUGGCUCAAUUGGAAACCAGCAGGUCUAUGCCCAGGCACCUCAUUGCUUGGUUUUGAGGUGCAUUUUUGUAUUUUUUUGCUGUGUGAAAGAAGAAAAAGAAAGCAGAAAGCGAGACUCCUUUUCAAACUGGCUCACUCAAACACUGGGACAAAUCCUGGACACCUACGCCAGAGAGAGGCCUUGGCUGAAAGCACCAGAGAAAAAUCAAAUGCUUCCUACUCGGCACAAACUAACCUUCUAGCGUGCUGGCCCAUCACCUCCUGUGGUACCGACACCAUCACCAUCACCACUGCUUUCUUUUCCAAAAGAGAUACACGUACAUAUUCUGUUUCAUUCUUUCCAUUGAAAUGACACUAUAUAAAUUUUCAUUUGAGUUUCUCAGUUGUAUCUAGUUACAUAGCACAGUUUAGAAACUUUUCUGAGACUGACUUUAUCAAUAAUCUAACCGGCAGAUUAAAUCCAUGUGUACAUUGUUAUACAUUUUUAUUUUAUUGGACUAACCCAGGACCAUUUCAGUGAAGCAAAUUGUGUGCCCUCUGGUUUAGCUGAAACAGUCCUGGACUUCUCAGAAAUCUUGAUGAAGUCUCCCACAGUUGUAUAAAUUGGACAAUUUAGGAAUUUUAAACUUUAAACGAUCAUUUGGUUCCUUUGCUAUUUCAUUUUUAAUGCAACAGGACUUAAAUGAACUUCGAUCUUUGUUUUAAAGGUUAUUAAAAUUGUGUGUAUAUACAUAUGGCUCUUGAGGACACAUAGCUCUCACUACACUACAGGAUAUGAUCUCCAUGUAGUACAUGUAGAACUGCAGAUUGGUUUUUCUGAGUGCUUUAUACUGUUGAGUACAUCUCCAUGUAGGGCUGAAAAGAAUGACCUAUGUUUAUUUCGAAAACUGUUGCUUUUGAUGUUGUUACUGGGCACAGAAAUGUGUGCGGUAAGGUCCUGCACAUGGUCCAGAUGGAAAGCACGGUAGCUUGCAAGUUAAGUACUGCUUUGAUUCAUUGUUUACGCUGGAAUUUUUCUUCCCAUGGAAUGUAAGUAAAACUUAGUGUUUGUCACCAAUAAAUGAUAAGACUAAAUCUUUUUUGUUAAUUUAUUCUCAAAUGUCACUACUGCUAGUACUCCCAACCUGCCCCCUAUCCUUUUUUUAAGGGAAAAAAGAAAACUUUGUAAUGCUUGUGAUUCCAUUUGGGCAAAUUCUGAAGAUCUGAAAUAACUUUAUAUUAAACCGUUGAUCAAUAAACAGCUACUAAUAAA